AUGGCGCCCCGUAAGCUCCGCGUCGCAGUCGCAGGCCUCGGCCGCAUGGGCGCCCGCCACGCCAUAAACUUCCUGGACAGGACUCCCCGCGCCCACCUCGUCGCCGCCUUCUCCCCCGACGCCAAAGAACUCCAGUGGGGAAAAGAGCACCUCGAACCGUACGGCGUGACUCUCUACGACGACUACGAUAAGAUGAUCCUGCACGAGGGGCUGGAGGCUGUGGUGAUCGGGACUGCGACGAGUGUGCACGCUGAGGAGGCGAUCAAGGCUAUGGAGAAGGAUCUGCACGUGCUGUGUGAGAAGCCGCUGAGCACGAGUGUCGACGUGUGCAAGCAAGUAGUCGAGGAGGCAAAGAAACGGCCGCAUCUCACGGUUAUGUGCGGCUUCAGUCGCCGGUUUGAUGACAGCUACCGCGACGCUUAUGCUAAAGUAGAGAAGGGCCUCAUCGGCCGCCCGACUAUUCUCCGCUCCCAGACAUGUGAUGUGCAUGAUCCCUCCGGCUUCUUCGUCGACUACGCCGCCUGGUCCGGCGGCGUCUUCGUCGACAUGUCCGUCCACGACAUAGAUCUCACACUCCUAUUCUUCGGCCCCUCCAUCAUCCCCAAACGCAUAUCCGCGCACGGCCUCAUCGCCGUGCAACCCGGCCUCGCCCAGCACAGCGACGUCGACAACGCGAUCGGCAUCGUGGAAUUCCACUCCGGCCAAAUCGCGUACUACUACUGCUCGCGGAUGAUGGCGCACGGGCAGGAAGACGUGACAGAGGUAAUCGGCACCUUGGGCAAAGUGAGCGUGAACCUAAAUCCGCAGGACUCGCUGGUGAACUUGUACCACGAGGGGGGCGUUACGCGGGGCGUGCCGCGGGACUACUAUGGCCGGUUUGAGGGCGCGUUUGUGCGGGAGGCGAAUGAGUUUACGCGGGCGUGCUUGGAGGGCGGGGAGGUGCGCGGGGCGAGUGAGUUGCGGAAUGCGGUGACGGCGGUGCAGAUUGGGGCGUGGUUGCAGGAGGCGAUGCGGACGGGGAGGCAGAUUUGCUUUGAUGAGGAGGGGCGGAGGGUGGAGAGGGCGGGGUUGUAG